AUUACUGGACGUCUCGGUGAGAUGAGAUAGGUUUCGGAGCGGCGGCGACUUCAGUAUCAAACUAGAUCACGCUCGCAGAGCGCGCCUGUGUUCGCUGCUAUUCGCUUCUCGCUCUAACGAUUCAUGGAUGGUUAACACUUAAACACGUAUUAUUUGUGAGGAACAUUCAUGGUGUUGCAGUUCUUUGGAAGAGUUCAAAUGCAGUUAAGCAUGGAUAACGCGGUCGGAUUUAACACAACAGAAGCUGUUUAUCCGGACGCCGGCGCUGUGAAUGUGACAAUGAGUGACGCCGACCUCCUAGCUCAACGUCUCGGUGACCGUUACAUGGGGACCGGAUCCCUCGUGGUCCUCAACAUCAUAUAUAUCGCCAUCUUCGUCAGCGGGAUGCUAGGGAAUAUCUGCACGUGCGUCGUCAUCGCCAAAAACAGGUCGAUGCACACAGCCACUAACUACUACCUGUUUAGUCUCGCCAUAUCGGACCUACUCACUCUGCUUCUAGCGCUGCCGCCGGAGUUGUACAUGUACUGGGAGGCGUAUCCAUGGCGGCUUGGGCAGGUUUUCUGCAUCAUUAAGUCGUACGUACAGGAACUAACGGCAUACGCAUCUGUGCUGACAAUUGCGGCGUUCACCAUCGAGCGGUAUCUGGCAAUCUGCCACCCGAUGACGUUACAGGUGUUAAACCACCCGUCCCGGGCCCUCAGGCUACUUAUCGUGCAGUGGAUUAUCGCCAUUGUCUGUGCCUUACCGUUUGCGAUAUACACACGGACGUUUUAUCUAGUUGACCAUCCUGAAACGGCACAGCCAAUUAAGGACUCGCUCAUUUGUAAUGUUCCACAUGACGACAGAGACACAAUGACCUACUUUUUCCAGAUUUCUACGUUUGUCUUCUUUGUGUACCCGAUGUCGGUGAUAUUGAUCAUGUACAUUCUGAUCGGCAUUAAGCUCAGUAACACAAACCCAGUGCCAAACGAUAGAAACAACUCGGCGGUCGUACAAGCAAGGAAAUCGGUUAUCAAAAUGCUAGUGGCGGUUGUGGUGGCGUUUUUUCUAUGUUGGGCUCCCUUCCACGCCCAGCGGCUCAUGACCCUGUAUAUCACGGCCGAAGAGUGGACGCCCUUUCUCCUCGAUGUACAGAACAAUCUCUUCCUCAUAUCCGGGGUGCUUUACUUUAUCGGUUCCACCAUCAACCCUAUCCUUUAUAAUGCGAUGUCAAAAAAGUAUCGCCGGGCUUUCUUGAAGACCAUCCUUCCAUGCCUGCGAUCUCAGGCUAAUGCGUACACCAGUACGUUCAACUCGAACAGCCCAGCUUCCAAGUCAUCUCCGUACUUCUACAAUAAGCUAAGCACACGACCAGCCACCCGGACUUCCGGUCUCCAAGAUUCAAGUCAGGAAGACAGCAGCCCCGUCUGACAGCAAUUCGUUAAUGGUGGUGUAAUAAUUUACCAGCAAACGCGUCUGACAGAUAUCGCCGGUAGUCUUUAAUAGCAGCUCAGUAGGGAAAGUAACUGGUGGCCUUUGUCACCAGGAGCCCUGUCUGACGGCUUAUUCUUAAUGUGGUCUUCACCAGCUGCCGCGUAAAUGACAGAGUUACCGACACCAUUGUCUGACUAAUGUGUGUGUGUGGUCCUGAUCGGAUCGGUUGUUUUUGAUAAAUCGUCCAGUGUUUGUUUAUACGUAUGUUUGAUACAUAGUGCAAACAGGGACGUUAACGUGCGAAGGUAUUCUCGUGGUAUUAUUGUGGUUAAAAGUAAUGAUUGUUAAGCAAACGAGUAAUUCUUACAUAGUGAUUAACAGUUCUUAUGGACGCAGACGUGUGCCGUAAUGUACACAAUGUAACGAAAACGUAUGAUUACACGUUGUCUCUGGUAUUUGAGCUGUGACUACUUUUACCACAAAUCAAUAAAUGCACUACAUAAAAACGUCUGACUGCGUCAUCAGUGUUCAUACUACGUUUUCGAUUCGUGAAUGCUAAGGUCACGUAUCAAUGAAUAAGUGUUAAUGUUAAGGGAACAACAGACUCUGGUCAUGGGCAUUAUGUGCGAACAUUAUACGGCGUCUACAUAUCAGUAAGAUAUACUGUAAUGUCAAAUGUAAUUUAUUUAUCAUGUUUGUUCGCUUACUCUUAUUUUGGUUUUGUGUUAAAGCUGGUACUUAAGUGCGUAUAAUGUAUUCUUGGUCAAAUUAUUGUUGAUUUUACUGAUUCUUGUUUUUUUAAUAUGGAAAUUGUCUUUCAUCACAUUUUGUGAAAUAAAUC